CGGGAAGAAUGUUGUGAUUGAACCUCAAAACUCAAGGCGACAUGGUGCUGUCCGCGCGACGUCUUCUUGUAGGCGGCGCCGCUGUCGCCGCGGUAGUUUGUGCGAACAGCCAUUGUGACGCUGAUACGUCGCUCGUCGUACACAAAUAUGGUGGCGCCUGCCUCGCCCGCAAGAUCCCAUUGUCCACGAGAUGGUGCAGUGUCGCGCCGUGCCGCGAUGUCUUGUCCCGAGUCGCAAGCCGCGGGUGCCGCAAUAACAUGUACAUGCGAGUUCUCGCUCAGUGCGAAUCCUUACCUGUCGUACAUAAAGCGGACGACCUCGACGGCGACGGGCAGAGCGACUACACGUCUGUCCGCCGGGAAGCGCAGAACGCCGGCGUCUACGACAAGAACGUGUUGAGCAAAGAAGCUCUGGAAAAGAAGCCAAGAAGAAGGCGAAGAAAGGCAAGAAAGCAGCCCCUGUCGCCAGCGCCGACUACUACUAUGACCAAGGGGAUGAGCAGGACCCGUACAGCGACUUUGCGAACGCGAAUGGUGCCGACUCGUACGACGAAUCUGACUACGUGUAUGGCGGCGAAGCUAGCGCCGACGUAAACUCCCACCAUGCCAAGUACGUUGGCGACGCGGACGUCGAUGGUGACGAGCUCGCGCAAGACGAAGGCAGCGACGGCAUCGAGUUUGACGUUGUGAACGAUCGUCGAGACAUUCAGAACGGCGGCGUUGUCGACAAGAACGCGCUGUCGGACGACGCUUUGGCAAAGAAGGUGAAGCGCGAACAUGACCUGCGCAUUCAAGCGAUUGUGGAAAAGGAAACGCGCGCCGUUGCCAAAGCAUUUCGAGGCAGCGCCGAAGAGGUCCAUGCCGACGCGGAAUCGUAUGACGACGAUGACGAUGACGAUGACGACGAUGAC